UCUCGGGAUCUCUAGUAGCGGUUUCGCGGUGAGCAUGACUCUCAUAGCUAUCUGGACUGCCUCUCUUCGACGUCGACAGGCUAAAUCUGCCGCACAACCUCGUGGGCUUCAUCUCUCGCCUCGACGAACGGCUCCUGUCGCUGGCACGAUGUCCUCCAAGGCUCCGUCAAGCCCAAGGCAAUCGGCAAGUGUGAUCAUCGUCAACCCUCAGAACGAGGUGCUGCUCGUCCAGCGUAACCCGAAGUCGCAGUCAUUUGCCGGUGCACAUGUCUUCCCAGGCGGCAACUACGAUCAGAAGCAGGACGACUCAGUCGGGAUGACCGCAAUCCGGGAGGUGUUCGAGGAGACGGGGCUGCUGUUGGCAUCGAAAGUGGCAGGCACGGGUAGUGGUCCCUCGGAUGCUGAGACGGACCAUGCACGGGAAGAGAUUCAUUCACAGAGACAGCUCUUCAGGGACUUCUUGUCUGAGCACGGUCUUGAGGCAGACCUGUCAUCGCUCUGGCCGUUCACACAGUGGAUUACCCCACCCACAAUACCAAGACGAUUCCAUACGCAGUUUACCGGCUUCAUCUCCGGCGGAAAGCAGGAACGCCUCCCCACCCCAGACGGCGGGCAAGAGGUCAUCGCCGCGCGUUUCGUCCACCCCCUUGCAGCGCUGGCGGAAGCUCGCGCCCGCAACAUCGUCCUCAUGCCCCCACAGGUCUACCUCCUGACUACGAUGCGGACUCCUCUCUGGGAACAAGAACACGGAGGCGCAGCGGGAACGCGUCCGCGCGUUCUGGGUCGGACGGUUCUCACCUACCAAGGCGACGAGGCGAGGGGUGGGGCGAAGGGCCGUCUCCAUCGGUGCGUGUGCAAGUUUCAGAAGGACGGGGUUGCUACGGACGUUGUGCUCCAGCGCAACUUCGAUGUGUUCACGGAAUUGGAGAGUGUGUUGUCGUCGUCGUCCUCUUCGAAGUUGUAAUCGCCAGGUACCUGCUUGACGACGUUGUAUGUACUAUAUUUGCUGCGGCUAUUGUGCGGUCUCUUGCUGUAACGCUGCGGGUCUUCCAUUUCGCGGUACUUGUGUGAACAGCGAGACCCUUUGCCUCCGUCUGCGCAGCUAAUUUGCAAUGCGUACAUACUGCGGCUUGAACAAGGUAUCCACGUCACCGAUCUAUCGCGUUCCCUCUUCA